AUGGGCCAUUUUACCAAGUUCAAGGACCGGGUCCUUCCAAAAUCUGGGAAACGACAGGUUACGGAAGCCCAAUUCAACAAACAUAAGACUCGUCUCGACCAUACAUCCAUUACUCAAGAAUCCGAUGCUCAAGAGCCAGUCAACCGCGGCGAAACCAUCACCGCUCAGUCCCAACCCAGUGACUCUCCCUCGCCCCAGGAUCUAUGGCAAUGUGCUUUUGAACAGCUAGAACAGAAAGACCAGGACGAUUUGCAAUUUCAUUCUGAAUCUAGUUCUGAUGAACAGGUCAGAAAUGAUACCCAGCCAAAGAACAUGGUUGGACAGGUGAUCGAGACCACCAAGGACACGUACAAGGAAUAUCAAAAAACCGGCGGUCUCAGAAUUAAGAACCCGACGGGGGGAGAUGUUGAUCUUCGAAAAGUUGCAGGGAAAAGCAUCAAGGUGGCACUUUCUGUUCAAGAUGUGAUCAGCAAGGGAGUGGCUUGGGAUUCUACCGGUUAUGCUGCAAGUGCAUGGGCAGUAGUGUCAUUGGGACUGAAGAUGACUCAAAAUCACAAGGAUCGUCAAAAUGCCCUGUUCAAUGUUGCGAAGUACCUUGUGGAGGUUCUCGCCCGGUGCACAUAUUAUGAAGUCAACUUCUUUCAACACAAGUGUUCAGAUAAUGAGAUGGUGCGAUCUGCAUUAGUCCGAGUCUACAAAGAAAUCCUCCAAUACACAGCAAAUGUGAAGAUGGCUCAAAAACAACACGCUGGAAAGAAAAUGCUGGACAGUAUCACGGCAAUCACUAGUCAAUGGCUUGGACAGAAUCAAUCCUCUAUUGAGAAGGCUGAGCAAGAAUUGUACCAAUUAGUUCAAUUGGAUAAUUUCCAGAGGCACGAUGCAGCCGCAGAGAAAAUCUUGACUGCAAUUGAUGACAAGUUGCUAAAGUCUCUUAACAAUCUUGUUCUACUUUUGGUAUCCCAUUCGCAGAGGGUGCAGUUUUAG